AUGUCGGCCGGAUUGAAGACUAUCGCUUACUUUGUCAACUGGGCAAUCUAUGGGCGCAACUACAACCCGCAAGAUCUACCCGCUGAGAAAUUGACACACGUGCUAUACUCCUUUGCAAAUGUUCACCCAGAGACUGGAGAGGUCUAUUUGACCGAUACUUGGUCCGAUAUUGAGAAGCACUAUGAGGGUGACUCGUGGAACGACACCGGCACCAAUGUCUACGGUUGUAUCAAGCAGCUCUUCCUGUUGAAAAAGAAGCAUCGCCAGCUGAAAGUGCUGCUGUCCAUCGGUGGCUGGACUUAUUCGGCCAAUUUCGCCGUCCCAGCCAGCACCCCGGCUGGCCGCGCCAGGUUUGCCGAAUCUGCCACUCGUUUGGUUCUCGACCUCGGUCUGGAUGGCCUCGACAUUGACUGGGAGUAUCCUCAAGACGCAUCCCAAGCAACCAAUCUGGUCGAGCUGUUGCAAGCGUGUCGCCAGCGUUUGGAUGCCGCUGCAGGUUCCCAUCGCAAGUUCUAUCUGUCCAUCGCGUGCCCUGCAGGUCCCAGUAACUUCGAAAAGCUGAAGCUACAUGACAUGAACCCGCUGUUGGACUUUUACAACCUGAUGGCGUACGACUAUGCGGGCAGCUGGGACCGAGUCGCUGGUCACCAAUGCAAUAUAUACCCGUCAAAGUCGAACCCGGCCUCGACGCCCUUCUCCACCAUAGCCGCGUUGGAGUACUACAUGAACGUGGGCGGUGUGCCCGCUCAAAAGCUGAUCAUGGGUAUGCCGCUCUAUGGACGUGCUUUCGAGAAUACGAACGGCCCUGGUCAGCCCUAUAGCGGUGUGGGACCUGGCAGCUGGGAGAACGGAGUCUGGGACUACAAGGCUCUGCCACGUCCGGGCGCCGAGGAGCAUUUGGACACCGAAGCAGAUGCGUCCUGGAGUUACGACCCUAAAUCGCGGACUAUGGUCUCCUACGAUACCGUGGAAAUGUGCCAGAGAAAAGCGGCUUUUGUCCGAUAUCGACAACUGGGCGGAGGCAUGUGGUGGGAAAGCAGCGGAGACAAGGGUGGCAAGGAGGCCGAUCCGGGCCAAGGCAGUCUGAUCGGUACCUUUGUCAACGGGAUUGGCGGAACGAGUGUUCUCGACGGGAUUGAGAACGCUCUGGAGUAUCCGGAGAGCAAGUACGACAAUCUGCGGGCUGGAUUCCCGGGUCAGUAG